AUGCACCUACGCUAUGCAAAGCCCUCAGAUGAACCGGUCAUCGUCGACAUCUGCGCUCGUGCGUUCCUGGAAGAAGACCUCUUUGGUCGAGUAAUUCACCCCUACCGAGCACAGUAUCCUAAUGACGUACAAAUCUUUUGGCACGAUUGGGUGCGCAAUGAUAGGGCCAAUCCACGAAACAAGAUCAUCGUUGCCGUCACGACCGCCGAGGGUAGUGAGCAUGAGAAGAUUAUCGGCGCAGCAAUCUGGCAACGCCAAGGCGACGACCCAGGCGCGCAAAAGAUUAUCACAGAAUGGACUGAUCCCGGUACCUUUCCCGCCUUGCUUUCAACCCAGAGGAUGUGA